UGUAGAAGGAAACAGAAGCUAUGUGUAAUCUGAGAGGGCAGAUGAGCCACCUUACUUUUUCAGAUUAGGCACAGAGCACACAGGUGAAGGUUCUCACUGCAGGUAGACUGAUCUUCAACUCUUCUCACAAUGGACCUGCUGUCUUUAGUGUUUUGCGUCCUGUUGGAAGCCCUGGCUGUGUACUGUCAACAGGGUGCAGAGGACCGCAUAGUGGGAGGCUAUGCACCAGUUCCACAUUCCAUCAAGUACAUUGUGUCAGUUCAGACCACAAACCGCCAACACUUCUGUGGGGGCUUCUUGAUCAGUCAAUUUUGGGUAAUCACAGCAGCGCACUGUAACAUUGGGGUGGAAAAAAUGCUGGUAGUGGCAGGAGACUACUCUUUGUCUGUUUAUGAAGGCACAGAACAAGAAGUCUUACCCCAGUUUUUGCUACCACACCCUCAGUACAACUACCAGAAGAACAACUACGACAUCAUGCUCAUUAAGCUAAAGUCCCCGGUCUACCUGAACAGCUACGUUUCCGUGGUUCUGCUGCCCAGACAGGACAGUGCCAUACCAGUAGGCACAAUGUGUCGAGUGUCAGGAUGGGGAUACACCAGCCCCACAGGGGGGCCACUUCCCUCUACCCUUCGGACUGUGAUGCUUCCAAUUACCUCCUCAGCAGCAUGUAACAGCACUUCAUCCUUCAAUGGUAGAAUCACUGAAAACAUGAUCUGUGCUGGUUACAAUCUCGGUGGAAUGGAUGCCUGUCAGGGAGACUCCGGUGGCCCUCUUGUGUGUGAUGGCCGGGUCUAUGGAGUAGUGUCCUGGGGAAUAGGUUGUGCUGAGGCUCAGUUUCCCGGAGUCUACACAGCUGUGUCCAAAGUCCGCAGCUGGAUUGACAGCACAAUAUACAGCUACUACAGCAAAUGUAAAACUCUUUAGAGCUCAACGUUAACUCACUGCUGACUCGACUUUCCUGGUGCCUUCUUUGAUCUAAUUUUCAUUUAUUAUGCACAUUUAUGAGUUUAGAAGUAGGUCAACAUUUUGGGAAACACUUAAUUCUGAUGAGGUAGAAGAAGAGACAAUAAUCAUCAUGUAUGUACACUAAAUAUCUAUAACAUUAUGAUCACUCCCAGUAAAAAUGAGUAAAGAUGCAAACUAGGCGGGACAGAAGUGAGCCAAGCAAAACUGCUUGGGAAUGACUCAACAAAUACAAUAAAUAUGAUCUGCUUUAUAUUUAAUGUUUGGUCACUAUGUUGUGGCUAGUUGUGUGUGUUAAACAGAACAGUCCAAGGUUGGUUGUGAGUAUAAAGAGAGGCAGUUAAAACUGGAAAAUGUUUAUUUAUUUUUGGUUUUUUGCUAGCCUUAUGCUAAGCAAACCCUGUAUAUGUUCAUAUUCAAAGAACACAUAAAAGCGAUAUCAAUCUUCGUGUCUUCAAGAUAAGUGAUUUCUUUACAUUUGAAAUUAACUGUGCCAGUGACUUAGCAAAAUAAAGCUUCCUAAACUAAACCAGUGACAGAUAAAUCGACUAAACAACCUCAACUAACUGGCAAAUGCUAAACAAUAACUGCAAUUCUACAACAUCAAGAUGAAGGUGCCAUAUUWCUGUCACUGAAAAUCACCACAUUUACAGGUUCGUGUAUCGGCUCUAAAAGGCAGUAGAAAAGUACACUCAUGAUUCACAAUAUAAUUAUUUAACUGGUUAGUUGGCUGCAACAUUUCAUAUCAUAUUACCAUUUUUUAAACAAACUCUACAAUCUUUAUGUGCAUGCACCAAUGACAAGACAGGGACUAAGGAUCAG